AUGGAAACGGAACGCAUAGCCCAAGAUGCAGUCCAGAAUUGGCCCUACCAGUACAGUGCGGUACCCCAAAGACCAGACCGACCGCCUCAGCCCCCUAUGACCAGCAACAUAUUAUCCAAACUCAACUACACCACCAAACCCCUAAAGUUCGGCGAGAUCGCCAUCCCCAUCCAUUUCAACACAUCCGACGCGCACAACACGCUCUUCAUGAUCCUGGACCCGGACCAGCCCCCAAGCACACGCGAAUUCGUAGCUCGCAUCGCGGAUCUCAUCCCCAAACUGGGACUAGAAAGGUUUCUGCCGCAUUUUCAAACCGCCGAGGAACAGUUGUGCGAGAUGAUACGCAUGGAGAAUGUACAAUUUGUUUGGUCGUUUGGCGAUGAUCAUGGUCGGUCUAGGCGGGCGGGCGGGCCGAGAGUCGGGACUACGGUGUUGGCGCAGUUGGAUGAUGAGGGGUUGAGGGUUUGUUUACAGGCUUUUAUUGCGAGGGGCGAGAGGGAUCAUGUUUAUGUUGAUGUGGCAUUUAGUAGUGUGGUACUUUAA